AUGCAAUGUACGCUUAUACGUUCCAAAUUCUUCUGUUGUUCUGUCGCUUUGAUGAGCAAUUGUUUAAACCCUUUGAAAACCCUAAUUUCUUCUAAUUCAACCCAGAUUGAGAUUACCCAGAAACAAAUUCAACGAUUCCAUGCUUCCCUCUCUUCUAAACAGCAUGAAAAACAACCACAAUUAUUGGGGUUUAUUGAUGAUUUGAAGGAUGAACGAACACUACAUACCCUUCAUGGGAGGGUAAUCAAGAGUGGUUCCAUUGUUGAUUUGAAUGUUGGGAACUAUGUUUUGAGUCUAUAUGCGAAAUUUAAAGAUUUGGGUUCUGCCCAGAACCUGUUCGAUGAAAUGUCUGAGAGAAAUGUUCGUACUUGGACGGUUCUAAUUUCGGGUUUUGCUCGAAUCGGGUUGUUUCAAGUUGGAUUGGAUUUUUUACUUCGAAUGCUUGUGGAGGGAGUUUGUCCAAAUGGGUUUACACUGUCAAGUGCUUUCAAGUGUUGUUCAUCCAUAGGUUUGGUUUAUAAUGGUAAGGCAAUUCAUGGGUGGAUACUGAAACAUGGGAUUGGUUUGGAUGCUGUGUUGAAGAACUCUGUUAUCGAUUUUUAUGUGAAAUCUGAAGAGCUUGAUUACGCUAAUAAGCUUUUUGAUUCUACAGAUUGUGGGGAUACCGUUUCGUGUAAUAUAAUGAUUGGUGCUAACAUGAAAAGUGGUAAUGUAGAGAGUUCUCUUGAUAUGUUUAGAAGAUUAUCUACUAAAGAUACUGCAACCUGGAAUACAAUUAUAUCAGGAAUGAUGAGAAACGGGUUUGAAAGAACGGCGUUGGAACUCCUUUAUGAAAUGGUUAAAGAACAAGCUUGUUUGGAUGAAUUUACAUAUGCUAUAGCAUUGGCUUUGGUUUCUUCAUUAUCAAUAUUGGGGCUUGGGGCACAGCUACAUGCUCGAUUGAUCAGGCUUAGAUUUUAUGAUAAUGAGUAUAUAAGAACUUCACUAAUUGAUAUGUAUUCCAAGUGUGGGGUGAUUGAUAAGGCGUCUGUUGUAUUCAAGCAAAUGCCUCAAUGUUUUUCUAAUAAACAUGUUUCUAAGAUAAAUGGUGAAAAUUUAAAGAUGGACACUGUAUCUUGGAGCUCCAUGCUUUCAGGGUAUGCUCAGAAUGGAAGGUUUGGAGAAGCUUUGGAAAUGUUCUGCCAUAUGGUUCGUGAAGGAAUUGGAGUUGAUAAAUAUACUCUGACUACUAUUGUCUCUGUAUGUGCUGAUUAUGGGUUUUUGGAAUUUGGUGAGCAGAUUCAUGGCCUCACACAUAAGGUGGGACACAAAUUCGAUUUGGUUUUGUGCUCUUCGUUGGUUGAUAUGUAUUCCAAAUGUGGAAGUUUAGGGAAUGCGCAGACAGUAUUUGAUCAAACUGUCACAAGGAACACUAUUUUGUGGACAGCUAUUAUAAACGGAUAUGCCUUCCAUGGGCUUGGUAGAGAAGCCGUUAGACUAUUUCAAAUGAUGCUGGAAGAUGACGUUCAACCAAAUGAGAUUACCUUUGUGGCAGUUCUAACUGCAUGCAGCCAUGCCGGGCUUGUUGAUGAAGGCCGCGAUUUUUUCUCUGUAAUGAAAGAAGUUUACAAAAUUAAGCCUGGGGUUGAACACUUUACUUGCAUGGUUGAUCUCUUUGGCCGUGCUGGCUACCUGGAUGAGAUUAAGAACUUCAUUUAUGAGAACAAUCUAUCACAUCUUAGCUCGGUAUGGAGGGCCUUCUUAUCCUCUUGUCGACUCCACAAAAGUUAUGAUAUGGGAAAAUGGGUGUCAGAAAAGUUGCUUGAACUCGAACCAUUGGAUGCAGAACCUUAUGUUUUGCUGUCGAACAUGUGUGCUACCAGUAACAGAUGGGAAGAAUCUGCUAGAGUUAGGAGUUCAAUGUUGAAGAAAGGUGUUAGAAAGCACCCAGGUCAAUCUUGGAUACAACUGAACAACCAAGUUCAUACUUUUGUGAUGGGUGAUAGGUCUCAUCCACAAGAAGCUGAUAUAUAUUCUUAUUUGGACAACCUAAUUGGUAGGCUAAAGGAGAUAGGCUAUUGUACUAAUUUAGAGCAGGUUACUCAAGAUGUAGAAGAGGAACAGCAGGAAAUGUUUCUCCGUUGUCAUAGUGAGAAGCUUGCUGUUGUAUAUGGUAUUAUUAGCACGACUAAUGUAACACCAAUACGGGUCAUGAAAAAUCUUCGAGUCUGUACAGAUUGUCAUAAUUUUCUGAAGUAUACCUCUCAGCUUUUAGGCAGGGAAAUCAUUGUCAGAGAUAUUCGUAGAUUUCAUCAUUUCAAGGAUGGACAUUGCUCUUGUGGAGAUUACUGGUGA